CCCCGACUCAAGCACAAUCUCCGUCUCAGUUUAUAAGUAGAGCAGUCGCAAUCGCGCCGUUUGUCUGUUUAGUGAGCCGUUUUAACGUAGCCGCUUCAUUUCGAAAUAAUGUCGUGGUUUGGUGUGUGCUACAUUUGCACACUUGUGGCAUUGAUCUGUCAGGGCGGGCUGAUGGCAGCGCCUGUGGACAACCACAAUCCCAAAUCGCAGGUGGAGUACAUAAAUAGCCUACCAAUUGGGGGCCCUAACGCAUAUCCGAAUAUUGUGCCCAUCACUCGUCCCCCUAUUGUGACCCACACUGCUCCAUCGCCGCCUCUCAACUCGAAGAAUUUUGCAUUUAAUCCGAAAACGCAGACUUGGACACUUAUAGCACCUGGUGAUACGCAACCAAAUGACGAGACGCUUGUUUGGAAUCAGGCCAAUGACAAAUGGCUAACCAGCUCUCGCUAGGCAUUCAAGCAAACUGGAGCAAUAGGAAUCCUAACUAUUUAUGUUCUUUAAUGGUACAUACAUAUAUGAAAGUAAAUCUGGAAA